AUGCAGCGACCUUCCUCGCCGGAAGCAGCGGAGCAUGUGAGUGGUGCUGGAAGCAGCAGCAGGGCAGGCUCCGCAGGCUUGCCGCGCGGCGAUUCCCCUGAGCGAACUCAAGUGCCCUCGAAGGAGGAAUGCGACAAGCACUUCCAGCGUUCGCGGUCCUCAAAGUUAGGCCUGCCAGGCUCGCAAUUUUCUCAGCCAAUCAUGCCACCUCGAGGUCCUCGCCCAGCAACGUCUUAUCGUCACGUGCACAGGGCUCCUGGAUUCGAUUGGUCUUUGUCACCAGAGCGGGAUGCUUUGCGCCAAGUCACCAUGGGAAGUGGCAUCUCCGCCGAGAAGUACCGGACCAACGCUGAGGAGCGUGAAAGGGCUUUGGCAAGGCAUCAGCAGGCCAUGGGCAGUGGCGGCUCAGCGCGGCGGGGCGGCGACUUCACCGCGGUGGUCGCCGGCGAGGAGUUGCGCGGGCAGGUGGAAGCGAUCUUCGAGGCGAUGGCGCGUGGAGGUGGCGGCGAUGGCCUUUCGCUGGAACGGCAAAGCUACAUCGAAAUGAUUCAGGAUCUUUGUGGCACAUUGCAGGAGGCCCAUGUCCUUCUGCAGGACUACCCAGAAGACUCACAGAUUCGCGUGAAAGACUUCUUGGAUAUCCUCUUCACCUCCGAGGUACACAAAGCCGAAAGCCGCGUGAGAGAAGGGUGGGAUGUGAAGAAGCCUUCAACGAUUGAGGCGCAGAAUGAGGAGCCGAGCUCGUCCAGCAAUGGAAAGGAGGUUAAGGCUCGAAGACAAGUGCAGGCUGUAGAGGCAGAAAAGGAGGAACUGAAGAAGCAGUUGGAGAAUGUAAAGCGAGAGGCCAGUCUGAAAGAUUAUUUUGAGAAGGGCUACAAGGAAGGCCUUGUUUUCGAUCACAAAGAGUACCGGCAUGAUGCGAAAGACUGGUGCUGGGUCCACACCAAACUGGGCGUGAAGGUCUGGCAGGAUGCCCUCGACCUGACAGCCAGCGAUGCCAACGAUGUGCAGUGUUUGUUCCACUACACCAAUGAGUUUGGCUUUAGAAAUAUUACGGAUUUGAGGAAGACAGCGGUGGAACUGUUCGCUUCUUUGAGAACGGGGGGCAAGGACGCCAACGCCUGGUGGGGUAAAGGAGUUUAUUCUGUCCGGAAGCCCCCAGAUGAGUGGGAGAACAUCGACGCAAUCAUUGAGAACAAUUACCUCAACAUGAAAAAGAGAGACAUUGAGAAAGCGGAGAAGCAAGGUCCUGAGGCAGUGAAAGAUGUGGAGGAGUCGUACAGAUCCAAAGUGGCCUUUUGCAUCCCAAUUCUGGUUGAUUCAUCCAUCGCCUACGAUGUGUCCAAGAGGCAAACACCUGAAAUGGUCGAGCAGGCGAAACGGAUGGCAUUUGCGAUGUGUAUUUCUUUGGUAGGCAGUUGCGAAACUGUCGAUUUCAGGUGUUUUGGAACGGUGCACGAUCUUUUUUGCGCGUUGCCCUUUUUGCUUUCUUCGCAGGGGAGGCCCGUUGGUGUGCCGGAGACCUAG